CUCACCUCAUCGACGGGGGACGGAAGUCUCGGUCUCGCUCGACUCUCGGAGGGUCAGGUCUCGCCUACGGGGCAGCUGGGCCUGGCCAAACCUGGGCGCGCUUCCGCGCGGAGGCGCCAUGAAGCGCGCGGGGACUCUGCGGCUGCUCUCGGACCUGAGCGCCUUCAGCGGCGCGGCCCGGCUCCGAGAGCUGCUGACCGGGGACCCAGCGGUCCGAGUCCGCGGCAGCCCGAACGGCCGCCACCUGCUGCUCCUGCGACCCCCGGGGGCGCCAGCCCCGCAGCUGCUGGUCGCGGGGCGAGGGCCGGGCGUGGAGCUGGAGCUGGCCUGGCCGGCCUGCCAGCUCUCCCCGCUGGACGCCUUCUUCCUUUCGUGGCCAGCGCGGCCGGCUCUGGUGUUGGUGUGGGAGAGUGGCCUCGCCGAGGUGUGGGGCGCGGGCGUGGGGCCUGGCUGGCGGCUGCUGCAGAGCACUGAGCUGUGUCCGUGCGAGGGAGCUCGCGUGGUUGCCGUGGCGGCGCUCCGAGGCCGUCUGGUGUGGUGCGAGGAGCGGCAGGCCGGGUUCGAGGGCCCGCUAGGGCGGCCCGCAGCUGCUUUCAGCCACUGCGUGUGCGUCCGAACCCUGGAACCCGGCGGGGAAGCUGGCACCAGCCUAGGCCGCACACACGUACUGCUGCACCACUGCCCCGCUUUUGGGCUGCUGGCCUCCUGCAGACACCUCUUCUUGGUGCCCACUGCCACCACCUGGCCCGGCGUGGCCCACGUUCUACUCAUCUGGAGCCCAGGCAAGGGCAAAGUGAUGGUGGCUGCCCCACGGCGUGGCCUCUCCUACAGUAAGAGUCUGAAUUCUGGACGAGGGGAUACAUGGGACUUCCGGACCCUGCUCCGAGGCCUUCCUGGGUUGCUGUCCCCCAGGGAGCCACUGGCUGUACACACCUGGGCCCCAACUCCCCAGGGCCUGCUGUUGCUUGACUUCGGGGGCACUGUGAGCCUAGUGCAAUCCCACGGUGGUACCCGGGCUGUGGGCACCCUGCAGGAGGCGCCUGUAGGUCCACGGGGGUCUGCAGCCCUAGGCACAUUUCAGGGCACUCUGGCCUGUGUGCUGGGCUCCACCUUGGAACUGCUGGACAUGGGCAGUGGGCAGCUGCUGGAGAGGAAGGUCCUAAGUACAGACAGGGUACAUCUGCUGGAACCCCCAGCCCCCGGCAUGGAGGAUGAGGAAGAGCUAGAGACCCGCGGGAGUCUUCGUCUGCUUUCAGCCUUGGGUCUGUUUUGUGUGGGCUGGGAAGCCCCACAGGGUGUUGAGCUGCCUUCAGCCAAGGACAUGGUGUUUGAGGAGGCCUGCGGGUACUACCAGCGGCGGAGCCUACGGGGUGCCCAGCUCACCCCAGAAGAACUGAGACACAGCAGCACAUUCCGGGCACCUCACGCUCUGGCCUCUAUCCUCCAGGGCCACCUGCCCCCAUCUACACUGCUGACCAUGUUGAGGACUGAGCUUCGGGAUUAUCGAGGCUUAGAGCAGCUGAAGGCCCAGCUGGUGGCCGGGGAUGAUGAGGAGGCUGGCUGGACUGAGCUGGCAGAGCAGGAAGUGGCACGCUUGCUGAGGACCGAGUUGGUAGGAGACCAGCUGGCCCAGCUCAACACCGUUUUCCAAGCCCUGCCUACCGCAGCCUGGGGUGCUGCCCUCAGGGCCCUGCAGCUCCAGCCAGAUGGGAAUGGCAAGCUAAGGUCCCAAGCACCCCCUGAUGUGUGGAAGAAAGUGUUAGGGGGAAUAACCACUGGAAAGGAACCCCCCAAUGGAAUAUUGCCCCCCUUUGAACUCCUGUGCCAAUGCCUGUGCCGGCUGGAGCCUCGAUGGCUGCCACCCUUUGUGGAACUGGCACAGCAGCAGGGUGGGCCGGGCUGGGGGGCAGGGGGCCCGGGACUGCCCCUGUAUCGCCGAGCCCUGGCAGUGCUAGGUGAGGAGGGGACCAGGCCUGAGGCACUGGAGCUAGAACUGCUCUUGAGCAGUGGGCGGCCCAAAGCUGUGCUCCAAGCUGUUGGGCAGCUGGUGCAAAAGGAGCAAUGGGAGCGGGCUCUGGAUGCUGGCCUGGCCCUCGGCCCCUCCAGCCCCCUGCUUCGAAGUGAAAUCUUCAAACUGCUGCUAGCUGAGUUUGCCCAGCACCGCCAGCUUGAUGCUCACCUCCCCCUGCUUUGCCGCCUGUGCCCACCAGGACUGGCUCCAACUGAGCUCCUGCUUCUACUGCGGACAUACCUCCCAGAUGAGGUGGGGCCCCCUGCCCCAUUCUCUGAGCCUGGAGCAGAGCCCUGUCUUACUGUGGGCUUGCUCAAAGCCCUGCUGGAGCAGACUGGGGCUCAAGGAUGGCCUUCGGACCCAGUUCUAAGCCCAUAUGAGGACAUACUGUGGGACCCCAGCACUCCACCCCCCACUCCACCUCGGGACCUAUGACCACCCUCCAGGCAUCAGACCGCUCAGGGCCUGGAGGCUUGCUUGGGCACCAUGUGGACAGGUACUGUGUCACUGACAGAGAAAAUCAUUUCUGGGACACAGUUAUCAGGGAAAGAUGCCUGGGACUUGGAGAGGCCCAUGGUGGACCUGUAUAUGCAAAAGUCUUCUGUCUUCUGGAAAUAUUUUUAAGAUAAAUGUGUGUGUUAAAUAUAUACACAGUUUAAUAUAUA